AUGAGAAAAUCUUUUUCGGCGCGUGCCACUCCACGUAAAAUUGUACUGGACGACGAUGCAGAAGAUUCGUCUGAUUUGCAAGAUACAGCGCUUCUCCGAGCAGGCUCCGCAGUCAAGCGACCGAAUUUCAAAUCACGCAAAUCGAGCUCACUGCGCACCUCCUUCGGCCACGCUUUGACGGACGAUGAUGAACAUGAUUCUCCCGCUGCGGUCGUGACUCCCAAACGGUCGAAUUUGGCCAAAGUAGCUGUUCAGCGCAAUGCAUCGAAACGUAGCUCAUUAUUGGCGUCGAGCCUCCCUCUUCGACGCGACGAUGACGAUGAACGGCCGAACUAUAGCGCAGAAUCGCUGCAGGAAUUGAAGAACAGCACACCUAGCACACCUCGAGAUGAAGGGAAACACAAUGAGGUUGAUUCGGCGCUCGCGCUGCAGAGCGAUCGCGCUCUGGAUUUAUCCUCGAAGUUUGGCUCUUCAUUGGCAAGAUAUGAUCAGCCCCUGGGAAUACCCUCCGCCGCCGAGAUUGCUGAGAAGAAAGCCCGGCGCGCAAGGCUUGCUAUGGAAAGCGAGGAAUUUAUAUCACUCGAUCCUGACGAUCCUGGUCUAGAUGAAGAAGAAGACGAGAACAUGACACGAGACGAGAGCGGUAAUCUUAUUCUGAAGCCAAAACCGCUUGACAAAUGGGGUCUUUCGGAGAGCCGCCUUGUACAAGAUGAUGAGGACAUCAUGGAGAAUUUUGAAGAGUUCACUGAGGAUGGCCGAAUAGCCUUAAGUCGACAGGCCGAAGCUGAAGCUACUCGCCGCAAGAAGCAGGAGAUGUCGGAACAAAUUGCUGAGGCUGAGGCGCAUUCAGAUUCGGAAUCAGAUGACAGCGAACGUGAACGCAUUGUUGCGUACGAAGCCGCACAGACUCGACACGGAACUUACGCUCGAACCCACGGUUCAUCCGUACAAGAUGAUGCCCGACCUCGAACGCCCCCAUACAUCACCCCCAUUCCUACCUUGGACAGCGUCAUUGAGCGCAUCAGAAAACAAUUAAGCGAUAUGCAAAGUCUUCACGCACAGGGGCUCAAGGACAUGGAAGCUAUACAGCAGGAGAGAAUCCAUCUCGCCGAAGAGGAGGUGCGCAUCCAGCAGGCUCUGAAGGACACAGCGGCAAAAUUUGAAGCUCUGCGGAAAGAGCAAGGAAUCGCCAGCGACGAACAGGCAGGGGACAAAUUAAAAGCUAUUGCUGGGAUUUCAGAAGCGACGGAUAGCAAUGUGGAAGAGAGUCGAAUCAUGCGCCAAGAUUCCGCUGCGGAUGGACAUGAAGAGGAUGAGGAUGAGGAUGAGGCAGCUGGUGGGUUCGUUGGUCUGGGGUUUGGCGCGGCUAGACAUGGAUUUGGAGCUUCAGGAUUGCUGCCAAUGCCGUUGAAGGAGCCAGAAACAGAUAGUAAUAGCGAUGAGGAUUGA